AUGAAUAAACGCCAGUACAAAUUCAUUAUUCAGCCUUCUCGUAAGAGCAAAAAGUGUUUUUACAGCAAUUUUAACGCCUCAAAGUUUAUAUUCCGCAACUUCCGUCUCGUAUAAUAUGGAUGAAAAAUUUAAAAAUUCAAAACUACCAAAGGCACUCGAGCUAGAGUUGCGCAAGGCUUACAACCGGCCCUCCUGGGAGUCUAGUAACGAGGGCGUCCAUGAGAGGGUCACCUUCGACGACACCAUUUGGGGGUUCAAUCUUGCUGGCGGCGCGUAUUACAAGACUCCUUUAAGAAUCACUCAGGUAAAAGAAGGCAGUAGAGCCGACCACGCAGGAAUGAAAGUGGGAGACUUGCUGGUACGAAUAAACGACAUCGAUUCUUCAACUUUGUCUAUACAAGAAGCACACGACAUAAUCUUAGAGUCUGGAAUUCAAAUAAAACUUGCUUUGACAGCGCCCGAUGUGGAGGAGACCACGCGCUACGUGUAUGAAGACCAAGUAGAAGAGGAAUUACGCGAAAUCAGACGUCGCCAAGCUUCGGAGAAACAAAAGAAAGCGAAAAAAUUCAACGGAGCCAAAACAAACGAGGCAUGGAGCGUCGCCUGGCCGUGUAGCAAGAAACGUGACGUGAUGUACAAAGAGUCCAACUGCUUUCUCGUCCCGAGCCACUACGAAACAAAACACCCGGAUAAAAUAAAGUCCAACGUUAAGUCAUCUAAAUCGGUGUUCAUUGCCUAGAAAUCUACUGGAAUUUGUUUUAAACUUAAGUUAUUCAUUAUUAUAGGCACAAAUGUGGACAAAGAAGAUUGAAUUAAUCAAUAUGUACCAACUUAUGUAAAUAAUUAAUAUGUAUUAUGUAAAUUUAUUUGUAUUGUUGAUUUUAUCAUUUUAUUUAUUUUAGUCUAUACCCACAUGAAAAAAAACUCAUAAUAUAUCUUUAUUUAUCUGUCAAAGUUUUAGAAAUAAAGUUACCU